GGCAAUACAGGCGAUCGCGCUCAAGCUUUGCGCUCAAGUGUUUGGGUUCGUAAUAGGCAUUUACAAUAUUGUUUUUGGUUAUUUUCCAAAAAUGAUUAACUUAUUACAAAAGUGUUCUUAAUAAUUAAUUUUAGACAAGCUCAUAAGUCUAAAGAUAUUACCUUAGUGCCCACAAAGUGAAGGCACUGUUUACCGUAACAUCGAAGCAUCAUCGUGUUCAACGGGUCGAUUCAUUGUCCUCAGGUGCUAUAAUGCUAUCAGAUGACACAAGCAGUGAUUCAGAGACAGGCAGAUUUAAAUGCAAAUCAAAACCUGAAGAGGACAAAAAAUCUGAUCAAAAACAAGACUUGCGAAGUUUAGGGCGUAGUAGACGCGCUGAAAAUGAGAGAGCUCAUAGAGGGAGUGAUAGGCGUAGAGAUGAUAGAGAUAAUCUCCAUAGAGAUAGAUUCAGACAUUCUAGACAUUCUCCGGGUAAUAGAAGACGGCGUUCGAGAGAAGGGAGUCCUGUUAGGAGAAGGUCUCACGAAAGAAGACUAUCACGAGGUAGGAGCCCUGGUAGGCGAUCUCAUGAAAGACAUAGAGCUAAUAGAGAUUCUGGAAUGAAAUCUAAAAUUCCGAAUCAUAGGAGCAGCAGUAACGAUAGACAUAGACAUUCUAGAUCUAGGUCUCAUUUAAGAACUGCAGAUCACAGAAGAGAUUUAAAGGAUGAAGUCAAACAUAAUAUUCCUGAGGUUUCAUCUAAUAAGUUUAAUAGAAAGACAAGAGAAAGUAUAUCUUUGUCCCCUGAUCCUAAGGGUAAGAAAUCUGAAAUAUAUAAGCCUUCCACUCCAACAAAAAGAAAAAGUGAUAGUCCUGUAAUUGUUGUAGAAGAAGUUCAAGAAAGUAGUGAUUCUGAAGAAGUGCAACCUGGUUCAUACUAUAACAUGAUACCUGCAGUUGUAAAAGAAAAAUCAGAGGAAUCAAGUGAAAUUGAUUCUUCUGAUGAUGAAAAACUUAGGGCGAAGCUUUUAAACUUAGAAAAAAAACUUAAUAAAACCAAAAAAAAGAAGCACAGAAAGAAACAUAAAAGAAAAAGUUCCAAGUCUAAAGAAAGAGAGCAUGAUGGGUCAUUAUCGGUAGAAGUAAGCAGUACAACAGACAUUAAGGAUAAGAACAACCCAGAGAGUCCCAGCACAGAACCAGCACCUGAGGUAACGUCUACUCAAAAAACGACAAGUAAAGAAAGCAGCGAAGAAGGAGAGAUUUUGAGUGAUGAAGAUUCACAAAAAGAAGUAGAAAUAGACGCUUCAGAUCUAAGACAUAAAUUGAAACAAUCUCGACUAGCUGGUUCUGAUGAGAAAAUGGACGUAUGUGGACCAGCGCUUCCGCCGCAUUUGCAAGGACGCUAUGAAAAAAAUAAUUCACUAAACAUGGAAGGCCCGGCUUUGCCACCGCGUCUUCAAAGUGGAUCCAGAAAUAUCGGACCAUCCAUUUCCAACGACAUGCGGAAGAUUUUGGCAGAAAAAGAACGCGAAAUUAUAAAAUACGAAUCUUCCGAUGAAGAUUAUAACAUGGGCCCAUUACCAGAAGGUGCUGAGGGCAAAUGGUCCAAUGCUCAUAAACGUCUUGAACAGAGAGCUAUGGCUAUAAAAAUAAGACAACUUGAAGGGCAUGGUGUACAAGGUCCUGAAGUAAAAUCUAGAGAAAAGUGGAUGUUGGAAUUACCGGAAGCGAAAGCAAAAUAUUUGGGGUUGGAGGCUCGCACUUUUAGAGCAAAAGAAGGACCUGAUAUGUCAGACAGAUCUAGCUGGACUGAUACUCCUGAAGAUAAAGCUAAAAAAGCUGCAGGUCAAGUGAUCGAAGAUCCCGAUGUGAUAAUGAAACGAGAGGCAAAAGCACGUCAAAUUGCUGACAGAGACACUGAACAAGAAGAAGCUGUAAAGAAACAUAAAAAGAAACAUAAGAGAGAAGAAAGUCUGCUUGAACUGCACCAGAAAAAGUUGAAAAAGAAGAAAAAGAAAGAAGAUAAGGAGGACGGUAAAAAGGAACGUCGACCUUUUAGCCGUGAAGUAGAUAUGCAAGUGAAUCGCUUUGAUGAAGCGCAAAAGAAAUCCAUUAUUAAAAAGGCCCAAGACUUAGAUGGAAGAUUUUCGAAAGGUGAAGCGAAAUAUUUGUAAGAGCAACAUUGUUUAUUUUUGGCCUAUUUCUAUAAACGAUCUUAAUCACUAUAUUCAGAUCGAUCGCGAAUGUAGACCAAUCAGAAUAAAAUUUGUUAGAAAUGGUCACUGAUGAAAUAUUUUGAUUAGUUUAUUUUCGACGUCGCUCCGAUAAUGGUGGUAGGGGUCGUCUGUUGAUUUCCACCGUUACUAAAAUUUGGUUUGCAAUAGUGCACUACACGUGUGAUUUAUAGACCAAUAAAAUAGAUUUUUAUAUGUAAUAGUAAAAUGUUCCAAAUACACCUUCGCGUUUUCCUUUUUUGUAUAUAAUUUUACAAACAAUAUAGCAAGGUCUAGAAGAUAAAGAGAUUCGAUUAUGUUUAAAUUAUGAGUUACAGAAUUCGUCGGACAAUUUCUAUUGUUAUUUAUGAAAUAAGUUGUUACGACCAUACCAGCACUGGACUGUUACGCGUUAAACAAGAUCAUUAACUAUUUUAUACAGGUUUUAUUGAAGGAAUGUACAAAACAUACAUAAAGUUAUAGUCGUAAA